AUGCAUCAAAUGUAUCAGAAAGCGUGUGAAUUGUACGAAAAAGCUGUGGAGAAGGUCAAUGCAUCCGGUUUGAAGCUUCCCACUAGCCUUCUUCCUCGUCCGCCAGCCCCCUUUAUGCCUCCUGGAGGUGCCGUUCACGCCGGUCAUUUGGGAGCCACCACAGCAACUGGUGUUGGAGGUCGACUACCGAUCCCGGGUCUAUUACCUCCGCCUCCACCUCCACUCUUGCCCCAUUCCUUGUCAAUCAUAGGAGCUCCACCGCACCCGAUACCACCUGCACCCGGUGUUUUCAACUCUGAUCCGGUCUAUCAGGCCGCAUAUGCCUCUGCCUAUCAGCAAACGUUGAAAGCGAUUCCAGCUCCGAAGGAUGGCGGGCCAACCCCAGACACCCCGGAAUUUGCGGCUAUGUGGCAGCGAUAUAUGGAUCAUUAUUUACGUUACUAUUUACGAACGAAUACGAUGACCACAACCAGUCAGGAACAACCACAGCAACAACAACAUCAACCACAGCAACAGCAACAACAAAAGCAACAAAUACCGCUCCCUCCGAAAAAAGAAUCCGCUCCUGGCAACGAUAUGUCUCCGACAAACGCGCAAUCAGCAGCUGAUCAAUCUUCAAACGAUGGACCGGGUAAAAUGCCUGUGAGUACCGUUUAA